AUGGUGGAGAGAUCAAGAAAUGUUGUCACCAAUGCACUUGAACCCAAGAAUGAGCCCAAGCAAUGUGAUCCCAGGUGUGAACAAAGGUGUGAGACUAAAUGCCAACCCAGCUGUUUAAGUAAGCUGCUGCAACAGUGCUCUGAAAAGUGCCCACAGGAAAAGUGCCCAAAGGAAAAGUGCCCAGCACCACCAAAGUGUCCCCUGUGUCCCCCAUGCCCCGUACCAUGCCCUCCAACAUGCCCAUGCCCAGCUCCCUGCCCUCCCAAGCCAUGUUCCAAGCCCUGUCCUCCUGAAUGCCCACCACCCUGCCCACCCCCAGAGUGA